UCACAUCUUCUACAGAGACAUCUAGUCGAACAGUCGGACUCACGAGGCUGGGAUCCCGGAGUCGUACACAACUGCAUGUGCCUUGAGCCUGGAAACUUGUGGUACUUGAUUCAACAAUACCCAGGCAUAGGUACGAGCGACAAGCUCCCUUUUCGACUGCAGCAAGUCAUGCUCGAGGCACUGAAUUAUCACGCAUCCCGAGGAUGGAUCCAUCGGGACGUCAAGCUC